UUUAUUGAAUUUUUGCAAAGGACGUAAAUUCUGUAAGUUAAAGUCAUUGAUCGCGCAUAUUUUUGACAUUUGAUUUUACCCAAUCUCCAAAUCAGAAAUUACAAAAAAGGAACAUGCAAGAAGUUUUAGCACGGGUAACAUUUUUUCCAACAUUGGUAUACAAUGUUUGCAUGGAGAAGAUUACUUCCAGGAGAUGGUAUGAUCGGAUUGAUGAAAAUGUUAUUUUGGGGGCUCUACCAUUCCCUAGUCAAACAGCAAAACUUGUAGAUGAAGAAAAUGUAAGAGGUGUGGUAUCGAUGAAUGAAAAUUAUGAAUUAUGGCUGUCUAAUAAUAAAGAGAAAUGGAAAGCAGCUGGUGUAGAAUUUCUUCAGUUAGCUACAGUUGACAUGUUUGAAGUUCCGUGCCAAAGUAAAUUGUUAGAAGGAGUUAAUUUCAUAAAUAGAAUAUCAAAAGCAAGCACAACUCUUGAUAACGUUGGAAAUUUAAAUCAAGAAAAACCAUUUACUGUGUAUGUUCAUUGUAAAGCUGGGAGAACCAGGAGUGCCACACUUGUCGGAUGCUACUUAAUGUUGAAAAAUGGACUGUCUCCAUGUGAAGCUGUAGAUUAUAUGAAACACAAACGACCUCAUAUUUUGCUACACACAGCUCAGUGGGACGCCUUAAAUACAUUUUAUAAUGCGAAUGUUCGGUGUAAACAAUAGGUUUUAAUUACAAUUGAUUCAUUAAAGAGAUAGUUUACUUUGGUUAAUUUGCACCCACAUUUUCUCUUCAAUACAUAAUUUUACAUUCAUAUGUUUUAUUAUUUAUCACUAAUGUUAUUUUGUUGUAAAAUUUUCAAAAUGUUAUUAAAUAGUAAUAGUAUUACAUUUUCCCAUAAAUUAACAAUAUCCUAUACAAUUUGAAAGCAAACUUUUCAUAUUAGUUGCACUACCUCAUCACCUAGUCUUUUAUGUACUUCCAUGGAUGCUGCUGGACUUUUUACAGCUGAAAUAUUUAUUUCCAUAGGGUUUUGCUACUGUGAUGGUUGGACAAUUCUUUUACCAAAAGAAUUUUGAAUUUGCCCUCUAACAACCUGAUUAAAUCGGUGUCCAAUUUCCAAAUUAAUGUCAUGAUUUUUAUGAAUACACAAAAAAAAAAAACACAAAAAUAUUACUCAUCGCAUUAACGACCUUAGUGAAGGUCGUUUAUACAAAAAACAAAGGAAACAACAAAUUUACUCACCUGAUAUAUCGUAUUCGUUCGAAUCUAAGACGCACUCCAUUUUUUUGAAUGAUUAUAUCGAAGAAAAAAAAUUCGUAUUAAAAUAAAGAUGGCAAAUAAAUUACUUUAUUACAUAAUAAUGAUACAAACAUUUUGUAUAUUCAAAAUUCGUUCGAAUCUAAGACGCGCCCAAUUGUAAGACGCACCCCAUUUCCAUAAACGAUUAUAUAGCAAAAAUAGUGCGUCUUAGAUUCGAACGAAUACGGUACUACUGAACCAAAAUUUGACAUAUCCUUGAUCGAAUUUCAUUCAACAAGUUACUUCUUAUUUUAUUGUUAUCGAUCUAUUUUUUUAUUAAUUGAAUUAUGAUGAAUAAAAGCUUUAAAUCUCGAAGAGAAUUAUAUGUUAUGGUUUAAGGUACUUUUGUCUAAUUUGUCUACGUCGACGGGUUUCAAGUCAUUUGUUACACAUUAUUGCGACAAUUUUGUUUAUAAUUUUCUUUCUGUUAAAUAAAAAUGUAUAUUAUAUAGA